AUGUAUCAUCACCACAGUCAAGCAAACAUGUAUCCUUCUCCAAGAAUAUCAGCUCCUCAAGAAAGGCAGCUUUUCCUGCAAGGUGGAAAUGGCUCAAGAGAUUCAAAUCUCGUCCUCUCCACUGAUGCAAAGCCUAGAUUGAAAUGGACACCUGAUCUUCAUGAAAGAUUUGUAGAAGCAGUAAAUCAGCUUGGUGGAGCAGAUAAGGCUACCCCAAAAACAGUCAUGAAACUUAUGGGAAUUCCGGGACUGACUUUAUAUCACCUAAAGAGCCAUCUUCAGCAGAAGUACAGGCUCAGCAAAAAUAUUCAUGGACAAACUUCAAGCGGGGCCAACAAAACUGUUGUCAUGUCAAGUGACAAAAUGCAAGAAACAAGUCCGUCGCAUACAAGCAGCAUCAACAUUGCACACCAACCAAACAAGAACUUACAUAUAAACGAAGCUUUGCAGAUGCAAAUCGAAGUCCAAAGAAGGCUACACGAGCAGCUUGAGGUACUUGAUCCUGUCUACUUCCAAUUCAAACAGAAUGGCCUUUCACCUAAAGCGGAAACAACAACAGCUGCUCAGAAUUUACAGAGACAUCAUCCUAAGAACAGUCGUGACAAAGAUGUACAGAGGCGUUUGCAGUUGCGGAUAGAAGCUCAAGGAAAAUACCUUCAGGCAGUCCUAGAAAAAGCUCAGGAGACGCUUGGAAAGCAGAACAUUGGUGUGGUUGGUCUGGAAGCAGCGAAACUUCAGCUCUCUGAAUUAGUUUCAAAGGUAUCCAACCAAUGCCUAAAUUUGGCCUUUGCAGAGAUGGCAGAAGAACAGCAGGGACUAUGCCCCAAGCAGCAAAUCCAACCCCACAAACCCAUGGGAGAUUGUUCACUUGAUAGCUGCUUAACCUCAUGCGACGGACCUCAACUGAGAGAGCAAGAUAUGCACAACAGUGAAUUGGGGUUGAGACCAUAUAAUGAUACCAGAUUCUUGGAGGGAAAUGAGUUUAAUGAAAAUCUAAAAGAGCAUGCUACGAUACUUUUCCCUACAACAACACAGCAAGACACAGCAAAGAUGAUGUUCCGAAUGGAAGGCGCCUGUAGUGACUUGUCCAUGAGUGUCGGAAUUCGACGGGAUACACGGGAUGAGCUCGAGCAGAGCACAUUCCAACUCGAUAAUAAGAACUACAAGCUCGGUUCUUUUAGUGGUGAACUCGACUUAAAUGCCCGAGAUGAACCUGAUGUCCCUUCAACCAUCAGGCACUUGGACCUCAAUGGAUUAAGCUGGACAUAAUAACAGCUUGAGCCACGACAAAAACUUCGGAAUCAGCUACUGAUGAUCACUUCGAUUAUGGAGCUCUCGGGUAGCAUAACAAUUAACAGCAUAGCCAUUCAAAGAAUAGAAUGACAUGAAUUAAGUCCUUUUGUAUUCCUUGCCACAUGAUUAGAUUCGUGAGGCCUUUUCUUGAUCAUGAAUUUCACACGAUAAAUUAGUAUUAAUGGCUAUUCAAUUAAUAGAAAGAUUUAUAGAUUA